CCAAGAGGUUGCCACUCUCCGUCUAUAAAUUAGAAAGGGGAUACGAACCCGUAAGCAUCAAGUCUACCAAAGCACUUUCGUUGGCAAAUAUAGAGAUGGCACAGUCUUCUCUACUAGGAGAACUUGAGGUUGAAGUUGAGAUCAAAUCUCCGGCGGCGAAGUUCUACCACAUGUACGCCGGAAGACCACAUCAUGUGGCCAAAGCCACUCCACGCAAUGUGCAGGCAUGUGAUCUGCACGACGGAGAGUGGGGCGAAGUUGGCAGUAUUAUCUUUUGGAACUACAUUCAUGAUGGACAAGCCAAGGUGGCGAAGGAGAGGAUCGAAGCGGUGGAACCUGAGAAGAAACUGGUGAAGUUUAGGGUUUUAGAGGGAGAUCUGAUGGAAGAGUUCAAGAGCUUUUUGAUUACGAUCCAAGUUAACCCUAAGCAAGGAGGAAACGAAAGUAUUGUGAAGUGGCACUUCGAGUAUGAGAAGAUUGAUGAGAACGUGUCUCACCCUGAGACUUUGCUCCCUUUCUUUGCGGAGAUGAUCAAAGAUAUCGACGAACACCUCUUGUCCGAGGCAUAGAGGAGAAAUUAAUGUUAUUUUCUCCAUGCGUUUUAUAUAAAGUUCAUGUCUGUCUCAAUAAAGAUUAAGAUAAAAUGUCCGCAUGUUAUAGUGUUAUAAAUGUAUUGAGUUGAUGUUAUGUUUUAUGUUGUAAGUUGCAAAUAUGAAACUUCUGAGUGUAUGAUGUGAUUAUAAUAUUUAUAAUAAAAGCGAGUAUCAUA